AUGAAGGCCCGCCUCUGCGAACAAUUAAUGUUGCGCAAUUCACCUGUAGCUAUUCAUACUGAUCCCCUUAGAGCCCUCGGCAUCGCUCUUAAAUACGGCUUUACCACCAGCGUUGAACUUGCGUCUAGCAUUGCCUCGCAACAAUACGACUUUGGUACAUCCGAAAAUCUCAAAAAGCUACUCGAGGUGAUCCAAGACCCAGCCGUAGCAGCUUUGGUCAAAGCUAUCGGGAUACCGUUCGUGAAGAGUAGAACUUUGAGGGAAGUGCUGUUCCAAUUUAGGCAACAGCCUAUGCGCAUAACCAACGAUAUCGAAUCGAUGGUGUGUUCGAUUUGCCGAGCUGCCUCUGCCGAUUCAUUUACCCGAUGUCCCAUCGAAUGGCAAGCUCGCUGGGCGUCUUGGAUGUUUGAUAAUAUCAAGAAUCGCUCGAUAUCGGUCUGGAAAGAUUUCUUUGCCUUGUCGAACGUUCAUAAUGCGUUUUAUCAACCCCAUCUACCUCCGACGAUCACUUAUAGUAGGAGCGGAUCCCAAGUUGGUGUAUGUAGCUGUAUGAGCUUACUACUGGGACCCUCGCAAAAAGCUUUUCAACCAUGGGCAGAUGGCGUAUACAAAUACUUGGAAUCACAGCUUGGUUUUAUAAGAGAACUUGAAGCCAAAAUUGACGAAAUUGAUCCAUAG